AUGGAUAUGAAACUCGCGAGCUUGACGACGUCGUCUAUUGGCUCUCUGGCUACUCCUCCUAGAACUGGAAGAAAUACUCCGGGAAGCAGCGGCAGUAGCCCUGCGGAUGCAGGGCGAGAGGGGCUUGCGGCACUCUUCAGCUAUCAGCCUCGGCCUACACGCCUUACAUGGAAGGCCCCAUGCAAUUUCAGUAUACCAGAUUCCGUAACCAAGGCCUGGGACGAGGUGGCCAGGACGUCCUAUGGUCUUAAAUCCGCUGCUGUUAAGCAACUUUUGGAUGGUACAGCGAUUAAGUCUCAUGCGGAUUCGAUCGUGCAAUUACAGCUUUCACAGAUGGUAGUGCGGCCAAUCUCGUUGCAAUAG